AUGAACCCGCAGGCAAAUCCACAGUAUAGGAAUGAUCUGUCCUCCUCUCGCACCACAGAUCAGACGGUGGGAUCGAUCUCCUGUCUCCAGCGGAAAACAGAACACAGCUCUGUUGACGACAAAUUUCUCAUCCAGAGCCUGUCCAAAAAGAAACUGUCGUCAUCCCCGUGGGCUCGUCAUCUCGGCGUAGCAAUCACCUUCCUCGCAGCAGCGUACCUUCUACUUGUUUGUUUUCAGUUCAUCGAAGCUAGAAAACUUUCGGCUCGACAAACUCGUUCCCUUGCAGACCGUCACGAUGGAUCAUGUGACUGGGAGAGUGCUGCGGACGACAGCGACAACGGCGGCGAUAGGUCUAGGCAGGGAAGGGAACAGCAGCUGUCAGAGGAAGGUCUAUGGUUGUCGCAACAUGAAGCUCAUGGAGCGCACGAGAAUGAAGCAUCAGGGCCUGGAGAAGUUGAUGUUGAGAUGUCCACUGGAGAGGAGGCAAAGGGGACCAAGUUGGGUUAUUGGUCACAGGAACUUGCACGGCACAAUAUCAUGUCAUGGUCCCGCCGAAACCUACCUCCGCCAGUACACCGUAGCCUAGUGGAUAUGUUCUCGCGAAUGGUGAGAGCUGCAAGGUUGUGCAAAGCAUUGCUGCCAAAGCUAACGUGCGCACAACGCCUGCAACUGACAUAUCAAAUGAUGCGACUGAUUGCACUGGAUUUGGGAGCCAUUUCUUUAGUGAGGGAGGACCUGGAACCUGCACGGCAAAGCGUGGGGGACUCUCUCAUUAGUCUGGGCCUUGAAUGUCUUGAGAGGAGCGGCGUCGACCCACGGCAUGAAACACAGCGCGCCUCAAUUCGCCAACUGAUGGGUUUAGUUGAUAAACUUAAGCAGCAUCGGCCUCUUCAAGAAGAUUUUGGUCCUGUCAUGUACAGAAUAAAAAUGGUGAGCCUAAUGGGCACUGCUGGCGUGGUACUAAAGUACUGUUUGGGAGUUCUCGACGGACUGCUGCAACGGAGCUACGGACAACAGUCAGCGCCACCAGAAGCUGUAGUUCAGCAGCAGCUCAAUGUUAUAAAGGCACUUUACCGUGUACAUUCGGACCAUAUAGCUAGAGAUGCUGAAGUCUGCGAGCACAUCCUAAGGACCCAGCAGCAAACCGGCAUAUAUGAGCUUUUGGAUAGCCAGCAGGCAAGCCUGAACAAUGUUUCAAUUUCGAAAUUAGUGCAAUUGAAAAAUAAAAUAAAAGACGCAGUACGUAGCGCCGGUGGGCUCCUAAAAUAUCAGGGGCCAACACCGCGACGCUCAGAAGCGCUACGGGACCACAGUGCUAGCAGCAUGUUCUCGCGAGACAGUGAACCGACAAAUAUUAUUCCUGAAGCACCGCAUGGAACGUUGGGUCAACAAAUGCUGCACGAAAGAUCUGCCGAAGAUACCGGACGAGUUUUCGACUCAGCAGCCGUUUCAUCGAGCAAAAGUAUGCACGGAGGCACGCCAUUCCUUCCUGGUGCAGUCCCACAGUGGUCAGCUAGCCAGCCGUCUCACCAAGGCGCCGAACCAGCUGCGCAGCCUCUACCGCAACUUGAAAGCCGCCCACUAGACCAUCAACCACAGUGGGUCAUGUCAAAGACUCUUGAACAAUCACCAGGCUCUUGGACGUCUUGGCUGCACGCAGCACACCAACCGUUUCAUAGCCCAGAACGCCAUCAGCCUCAGGAGCCUUCUUUCCCAGCGCGUUCCGUUGAUCGUGUCGCUCCUCAGUUUGCUCCUGGGGGAUUUUCUGCGGGCCCAAUCGGGCGACCCGCAGCCACUGGACGCGAUAUUGGACCUCUUUUGGCGCCCACUACACAGCUGCUACAACGGACUCCAGUUGACUCAUCUGCCAGGCUUCAUUCGUCAGCUGCAGGCCCUCACACACGCGAGUACAGCCUCUUCGGGGGAGGGGGAACUUUUCCCUGGUCACCCUUUUCACUAAUGUCAGCCACAUCUGUCGAAGAACAAGCGGCUGCCGGCCGUGGCUGGGUGGACGCUCAAAUGCAAGACAUGCGUGACCCUAGUACGGAUGACUUGGACGAAUCAGAGAGCAGGCAGCGGAGUGGACGCUUGGAGUUUGGUCACCAAUAA